UGGUUCUCUCGGGCGGGCGGGCGUUGUCAGACGGAGCCGAGGAGCCGCAGGACGCGCAGUCACACCGCGGCGGAGUCUCUGGAGCGGAGCUAGCCAUGAGCUAACGCAGCAGCUAGCCCCAGUCUUCUCACACCGCGGCGGCUAAAACCGACGUUAAGUUCCUCCGCGUAGCGACGAACAGAGGGGUCUGUUUGCCGGGGAUUAAUAAUUCGGCCCCCUUGUUGCAGCUGGACUCUUACAGCCUUCCUCUCUCAGUCCUUCCCUUCACCUUUCACACUCGGACCUCUCGGCACCCACGGCCAUGGCAGCUGCUAAGCCGAAAGGGCAGAACUCUCUAGCCCUUCACAAAGUGAUCAUGGUGGGCAGUGGAGGGGUGGGGAAGUCCGCCCUCACGCUCCAGUUCAUGUAUGACGAGUUUGUUGAAGACUAUGAGCCCACCAAAGCCGACAGCUACAGGAAGAAAGUGGUGCUGGACGGAGAAGAGGUGCAGAUCGACAUCCUCGACACAGCUGGACAAGAGGACUACGCGGCCAUCCGAGAUAACUACUUCCGCAGCGGCGAGGGUUUCCUCUGCGUGUUCUCCAUCACGGAACUGGAGUCGUUCGCAGCGACGGUCGACUUCAGAGAGCAGAUUCUGCGGGUGAAGGAGGAUGAGAACGUGCCCUUUCUCUUGGUCGGGAACAAGUCUGAUUUGGACGACCGGAGGCAGGUCAGCGCCGACGAGGCGAAGGCCCGCGCCGAGCAGUGGGGCGUGUGCUACGUGGAGACCUCCGCUAAAACCCGGGCCAAUGUGGACAAGGUGUUCUUUGACCUGAUGAGAGAGAUCCGGGCGAGGAAAAUGGAGGACAGCAAAGAGAAGAACGGCAAGAAGAAAAGUAAAAGUUUGGCCAAGAGAAUUCGAGAGAGAUGCUGUAUUUUAUAGUGGUCAAAGAGGGCAGGAAGGCUGCUUAUGUACAAAUACAUUUCUCAGACUUUUGCAUUUAUUUUGUGCCCAUACCUGACCAUGACUUUCUGACCGCGUGUCGGGGAGUAGUAAGGUGGCACCGCACUCACCAUUUAUAGCUCUUAACUCUGCUGACACUUGAUGUGUCUUCCUUCUUUUACUCCGACCACAUUACAAAGUGUAAUGUUUGAUUUAGGUCCUAAGCCCCAAACCUUUCAUUGUAAAGUAUGAUGUGUAUAAUAUAUAUAUUCAGACAAAAUGUGCAGAAGAAACGAAUGUGAAUGCGUCAGAGCCACGCUUUGGACGGGAUAGUGGGGGGAGAAGAUGUACGUGAACAGACUCGGUGUCGCGUCAACCUCGGAAUUCAUCAAGUGCCACAACGAGCGAAUCUAAAGAAGCGUUUCAAUUGAAAGACCAAGAGCCCAAAUGUAAUGCCGAUCCCCACUUACCGUUUUACAACUCAAUUCUUCCACGUGGUACGGUUAUGAAGUCAAACCCUUUCUUCCGUUUGAAGCUAGCAGCACACCGGCGGUUCCGUUUUCUUCCCCUUGGCAUCGCGCCGUUGAAUCCUCUCAAAUGCACAAAACAUUGAUCGUUUCCCCCCCGACGUCUGUGACUGUUUGCUUUUAGUAACAUUUCAAAUGUUUUACCUCAUUUCGCCAACCACUGUCUUUGCCUCUUUUUUGCCUCUUUUGAUGAAUCCCUGGUGCUCCCGAUAAAAGGCGAUUCCAAUAACACUACGCCCCCCCCCCUCCCCCCCUGCUGUUUGUAAACCCCUCGAGUUAAUCGGGGAAAGUCGUGUGAAGAUUUAUUGUUCCAAUUUAGCUUUUCCUGGCUACACUUCCACGUAGUUCCUCUUUUUUUCUUCUUAUUUUAGCCUAAAUGUAUUCCCUAAUAAGGAAUGAAUAAAUAGAUUGAUGAAUUCGAAGGCAUACCAUGUUGAAAAUGAAUGCAGGCUCGAUCGAAGUAAAGUGGUGCCUGUCCAAAAAGUUGCUCCCAUACACCAAAGAAGUAUGCUAGCUAGAACAGACGAGUGCCCACUUAUUACUGCGAGUGAACGACACCUUGCUCCAGAGAGGAAGAGGUGCCACACGAUGAAGAGGAAACACUGCACAGAGUGGAGGAACUUUAAUUCUGAGCGGCCUGGGAAUGAAAUGCAAGGCUGCGAGGUGGUUUAGUCAUUCCUGCACAGUGCAUCACUGUUGCCUCUCUGUCCAUUGUGAAUGUGACACCCCCCCCCCCCCCCUGCUCUCUCCCCCUUCUGCCCCCAUCCUGUUUGCCUGUAAUCUUAGCCUGCCAGUGAUGUGCAGCCUGCUCAUUUCCUCAUGCCCCUUGUGUUGUCAUUUUACAGGCAAAUGAGGAUUAAAGCAGUGGGGGAGGGGGGAGGAACAGCUAAAUUGCUUAGACCAAAACCCACUGUGAAGUCCCGCCCCCCCCCCCCCCCUCCCCACUCUCUUAGUUUCCCUUUUAUGACUGAGCCAAUUUAUGUCUUUUAGCCUAUUUAAAAUAACUUAUUUUUAUUAUCAAAGUGUGACCACUAUCCAGGGGUUGUUGCCACGGUGUCCACGGCAACGGCUCACCAUUUACAUGAAAGGAUUUCCUCACCCAAUAGGAAGCGCAACACUGGAGUCUAUGCAAAAAUGUGUAUCAUUGUAAUAGCAAAGAGAGAAUAAGAAAGUUGGAGACUAUUCAAACCAGUGUCAGCAAGAGACUAGAAGCAUUUAAACGGGAAUGCCGAUUAGAGAUCUGACCCCAGCGCAUAUGCUUUUAUAUUUGAAAACACUGAACAUUGUCUCAUUAUUAUUAUUAUUAUUAUUCUGAGUUAAUACAAUAACACUUAUUAACUCCUGGCUUUGAUUACAGGCUUUGUUUGUCAUACAGUUCAUUGUUUUUAUUUAUUCAAGAUAAAAAAUGCAAAAGAUUGUCCGUGGUAUUUCAUGUUAACUGAAAAGCACAGAGAGAGAGAGAGAGAGAUUUAAUGAUAUGUGACUGAAAAUCCCAAAUGUUGAGAAGUUUUGGCGUCAGAGUGUUUAGAAAGUAGUUUUAGGUAAUCUGUUUUAAGGGCUAACCUCCAGUACACCGCACCGGGAUGGAGACGCACCUGAAAGUUGAAGUGACAGGCGCAGAGUGAGCGAACCGCCGUUCUAUUGACUGCUGUGUGUCUUCAUCGCUGGGGAGAAGCCAUCACCAUAGUGCUUGUUUGCUCUCAACAUAUGCAUAUAAAACUCUUGUUUCGGUGCUUUUACGGUUCUUGAUGUUAAUAUGGCCGAACGGUUUUCCUUGGGAUUUAAUUGGGGAUUCUAGAACAGAUAUUUGUGUGAACGCCAUGAUGAAGCUGCACUUCGGGGUGUUAACAUAUUUUGUUUUGCCUUUUAUGUAAGUACCCUUGAAAAUAAAGAGUAAAUAUCAGUGCAUUUGAUUGGGUGGUUGUAUGUAUGCCAUUAAUUCAAUAUCUCCUUCGUGUUCACUACAUUUGAACUCAACUACUGGUGUAGGCUGUUCGUGAAGGCAAGAGGUGAAGCUUACAUUUCAGUUGUUUUUGUCUGUUAGUGAGGUACUUUGAAAUGGCAAAUAAAGUGGACGUUAAUGACA